AUUGUUAUUUUAUACUUGCAUACACAUAUCGUAUAAAUAUAUUGUUUGAUUGAAAAAAUUUGUGCUCUAUUGAAUAUACCGGCCACUAUAACCUCAUGAUUGUUUCUUCGAUCGUACUAGAUACUUUGAUUCAUGUAAAAUUCUAAUUAAUAUUUAUUUCCAAAAGGUGCUGUUCUUUUUGUUUUAGUAGUUUACUUGAAAGUACGUCGUCAGCAUGUUGGUGGAAAUGAACGGUACAACUUCCAAGGAAAUUAAAAUAAAUGAAGAUGCGUACAAUGACGAUAUUUUGCAAAAGAUAAAGGAGAAUGAUGUAGACGAUGAUACAACAGAGGGUAACGCAAACAAAAGAGUUAAAAUGCAAAGCAAUGAUACGAAUAAAUGUGAAACUAAAGAUUUCAUAAAAAAGCUUGUAAAACCAACCGAAUCUAUCUGUGAAAUUUGCUUGCAAAAAUUAAAUGAUACAGAUUUGAGAUUAUACAUUGGUCAUCCAAAUAAUGCGGUCGAUGAGUAUUCGGUCCUUUUGGACCCAAAAUUAUGCUUAUUUAAUGGAGAUGAAUUGAAUAUCAUCGAAGGUGAUGCAAGAGCACUUAAUAAAGUUACUUCGUUUAGCGUUUAUGACAAGAAUGGCCAUUUAUGUCCAUUCGAUACUGGCUUAAUUGAAAAAAAUGUAAAUCUGUAUUUUUCUGGUUAUGUAAAAGCCAUUUAUGAAGAUGAUCCUUCUAUCGAAGGAGGAAUACCAGGCAAAGACUUAGGCCCUAUUGUUGAGUGGUGGGUAUCUGGAUUUGAUGGUGGAGAACAAGCGAUUGUAUCUUUUAGUACUGAAAUUGGAGAUUAUGUUCUACUAGAUGCUUCUGAAGAGUAUAAUUCAUUUAUGGUUUCAGUAAGAGAAAAAAGUUUUAUGAGUAAGACAGUUAUUGAAUUUCUAUUGGACGAAGAAAGUCCUACUUACGAGGACCUAUUGAAUAAACUUCAAAUAGUUGCCAUGCCAAAAGGCCUACCAAAGUUCACGGAAGAUAUACUUUUACAUCACGCUCAGUUUAUCUGUGAUCAAAUUGUUUCAUUUGAUGAAUCUGCCACAUCGGAAGAUCCAUUAUUAAUUACGACUCCCUGUAUUCGUGCUUUAAUUGAUCUUGCAGGAAUAACAUUUAAAAAAGGUAAAACAAUAAGGAAAGGUAAAAAACGUAAUAGUAGUAGACAGCAAGAAGAUGAUUGGCGUAGAGGCCUCUUACGCAAAGCGCAGAAAGAAAAAAAACCUACUUGGACAAAAGCUACCACUACUCAAUUGGUCAAUAAUAUGUUUGAAAGUUUUUUCCCUGACCAAUUGGCCAAUAAUACUGAUACCAUAGCUCUAAAGCGGCGCAGAUGUGGUGUAUGCGAACCCUGUCAACAACCGGAUUGUGGCGAAUGCGCUGCUUGUAAGAGUAUGAUCAAAUUUGGUGGUCCUGGUCGAAGUAAACAAGCCUGUGUAAAGCGUCGAUGUCCGAACAUGGAAAUUCAGGAAGCAAACGACGAAGAUCCUGAUGAAGCGCCUGAACUUGAUGCAGAAUCAAGCAUUGUUGCUUAUAGGAAAAUGAUAGGGCCUUUGAAAAGUAGAGCUGGAGAUACUAAAGGAGCAUUUUAUACUGCGGUUGAGCUUGAUUCAGAAACCAUUGAAAUAAAUGAUUAUGUUUUUAUUGAGUCUGUCGAUCCGACUGUACCAUUACAAAUUGUAAAAGUAAUAUAUAUGUGGGAAAAUAAAAUGGGAAUUAAGAUGUUUCAUGCCAACUGGUUAUGGAGAGGAAGUGAAACAAUAUUGGGUGAAACAUCAAAUUCUAGUGAAUUAUUUUUAGUAGACGAUUGUCAAGAUGUACCUAUUUCUUAUGUGAAAUCAAAAACUGAGGUAGUUCGUCAAAAUACUCCGGAUAAUUGGACUGAAUUAGGUAAUAUUAGUAUUGAUUCAAGCUUGAAUGAGUCUAAAGAAGAUAAUACGUCAUUUUUUUACCAGAAACGUUACGAUCCUAAUACUGCUCGCUUUGAAGAUCCAUUAUCAGAUCUUGAUUGCCGACCAGAAAUAAAAUAUCGUUUUUGUUCUGCUUGUACACGAUGCACAAAUUUACAACAGAAAAAUAGACCACAAGUAUUUGAUAAAUUAGAAGAAAAAAAUAGCAAAGAAGUGUUAUAUGGCUUAGUGAAAUAUAAAGAUGAGGAGUUUCGAGUUGGUAAUGCUGUAUUUUUGCAGCAAAAAACAUUUAAUUUUAAAUAUCCACCACCUUAUCAAAAUGCUAUAAAACACGCAAAAAGAGAGGUCGAUGAGGACAGAUUUCCCGAAUAUUAUCGAAAGUUCAAUGAUCGUAUUAAGGGUUCUAAUUUUGAUACACCCGAGCCAUUUGAUAUUGGUUAUAUAUCUUGCAUUUAUGCUACAACGAAUGUGAAAUUACUCGCAUCCACUAGCUUGUAUAUCACAGUUAAAAAGUUAUACCGACCAGAGAAUACUUACAAAAGCGAAUCUUUGAAGCAACGGUCAGAUAUUAAUAUGCUGUUUUGGAGUGAAGAAGAGUGUACAGUUCCCUUCACUUGUGUAGUUGGAAAAUGUUAUUUGGCUUAUUCGGAUAAUUUAAAUCAAAGUAUUGAAGAGUGGUCAGCCGCUGGACCUAAUCGUUUUUACUUUUCUCAAAUGUAUAUUAGUAAAUAUGAAGAAUUUGACGAUCCACCACCAAAGGCAUGCAGUAUCGGAAAGAUUAGCAAAAAAAAUGAUAAAUUAAAGUCUAAGAGUAAAAAACUAGAAUUUCAAAAUAAGCCCUUAGAUGUUUUACCAGAAUUUAUAAAGAUUUCGAAAAAGUUAAGAACUUUGGAUGUUUUUGCUGGUUGUGGAGGAUUAUCAGAAGGCUUACAGGAAGCUGGCGUCACGGAAAGUAAAUGGGCAAUUGAAGUCGAUGAAGCUGCAGCGCACGCUUAUCGUCAAAAUAAUUCAAACACCGCUGUUUUUACCGGAGAUUGCAAUAUGUAUCUUAAAAAAGCAAUGAAUGGUGAUAUGUUAGUAAGUGGUCAACGCUUACCUGAAAAAGGUGAAGUAGAUUUGCUUUGUGGUGGACCUCCGUGUCAAGGCUUUAGUGGCAUGAAUAGAUUUAAUUCUCGAGCUUAUUCAUUAUUUAAAAAUUCUCUCGUGGUAUCUUAUCUUUCUUACUGUGACUACUACAGACCUCGAUUUUUUAUAAUGGAAAAUGUACGGAAUUUUGUAACAUUUAAAAAAAGUAUGGUACUUAAAUUGACAUUGAGAUGCCUUAUACGAAUGGGAUAUCAGUGCACUUUUGGAAUACUUCAGGCAGGAAACUAUGGUGUCCCACAAACUCGAAGAAGGAUGAUAAUAUUGGCUGCUGCCCCUGGAGAAGUACUGCCUAGGUUUCCAAAUCCACUUCAUGUAUUUAGUAAAUCAGCGUGUAAUUUAAGCGUUGUAAUAGAUAAUAAAAAGUAUUCUCCGGUGUAUGAUUGGACCGAUUCAGCCCCAUACAAAGUUACUACAGUACGAGAUGCUUUAUCGGAUUUGCCAAAUAUUAAAAGUGGCAAAAAUGAAGAUGUCAUGGCUUAUGGCAGCGAGCCUUUAUCUCACUUCCAAAAGAAGGUAAGACAUGGCGUACGUGACACAUUAUUAUUAGAUCACAUAUGUAAAGAUUUAGGCCCGCUAGUAGAAGCACGUAUGGCGCAUAUUCCAACAAUAAGCGGAUCUGAUUGGCGUGAUCUACCAAAUAUUGUGAUGCCUCUAAGCGAUGGAAGUCACACAAAUAAAUUGAAAUACAAUUACCACGACAAAAAAGCUGGGAAAAGUUCGACUGGGGCGUUAAGGGGUGUUUGUAAUUGUUGUACAGGCAAAGAAUGUAAUCCACAGGAUAGACAAGAUAAUACGCUUAUCCCAUGGUGUCUACCUCACACAGGAAAUCGUCACAAUCAUUGGUCAGGCCUCUACGGUAGAAUAGAGUGGGAUGGUUUUUUUAGUACUACUAUUACUAAUCCUGAACCUAUGGGUAAACAGGGCCGAGUUCUUCAUCCCGAUCAAACGAGAGUCGUAAGUGUGCGCGAAUGUGCCAGAUCUCAAGGCUUUCGAGAUAGUUUCCGAUUUUACGGAAAUAUACAAGACAAACAUAGACAAGUUGGCAAUGCUGUACCUCCACCGCUAGCCGCAGCGAUCGGCAUGGAAAUAAGAAAAAGUAUUAGUGUAGCGGAAUCUAGAAUGAAAAAAGAGAAAAGCUGAGCUACCGAGUUAAUUUAUAUUGGCAAAUGUAAAUCAUCUGUUAUAUUGUAUUCUUUAUAUAUAUAUAUAUAUUAUUUCAUUGAGUUAAUUUAGGUUUAUAAAAUAGAAUCG